GGAAGAGCUAUCAGUCUCCACUGGGAACAAACACAGAGCAGAAGUUGUUUGUGCAAGAUGGAAUCUCCAGCUAGUUUCACAGCGGGAGACGCUUACCAGAAAGAUUUUGACCCUGCAGUGUAUUUGAAGACCUACUAUUCCUUCGGUUCCAGUCAUUGCCAAGGGAAUGAAUUUCUGGAAUUAAACCUGAGAAGCCUGUUUAAGAUAUUCACUUCAGGUGGGGUGAAAGGCGACACCCUGAUUGACAUCGGCAGUGGCCCCACCAUUUAUCAGCUCCUCUCCGCCUGCGAGAACUUUAAGGAGAUCAUCGCUUCGGACUAUACAGACCGGAACCGCCAGGAACUGGAGAAAUGGCUGAAGAAUGAGCCAGGAGCGUUUGACUGGACUCCAGUGGUGAAAUACGUGUGUGAGCUAGAAGGAGACAGGGAAAAGUGGGCUGAGAAGGAAGAUAAGUUGAGAAAGAAAGUCAAGCAGGUUCUGAAAUGCGAUGUGUCCAAAUCCAACAUCUUGGCCCCUGUGUCUCUGCCCCAGGCUGACUGCCUGCUCUCCACACUGUGCUUGGAAAAUGCGUGCAAAGACCUGAACAGUUAUCGUGCAGCACUGAAGAACAUCAGUUCUCUGUUAAAGCCAGGAGGCCAUUUGGUGAUGCUGAUAUUCCUGAAAGAAACCUACUACGUGGUAGGCCAGCGCAGGUUCUCCAGCCUCUACCUGGAGCAGGAGUCGGUGGAGGAAGCGGUGAGAGAGGCCGGGUAUGACAUACAGUGUGUUGAGGUGACCCCAAAACGUUCCGAAAGCACAUUUUCUGAUAUUGAGGCUGUGAUGAGUCUGGUUGCGUGCAAGCAGCCUGCUUAGUCCUGCUGUAAAUGAGCAGGAAAGAUCCUCGGUGCAAAGGAAAGGUCAGGGCUGGCCUUAGGGAAAAAGCACCGGGGGCAAACUAGUAUUUUGGCUGUGUGAGGGGCAGGGAGUUGUAGGGGGCAGGGAGCACAGGGGAGCUGGGGUGGGGGCUUCUCAAAGCCAAACCCGCAUGUAAUUUUGCAUUGGCAUCUGCAUAAAUCAAAGAAUAUAGAAUUGAGAGAUGGGACGUGACCCAAGGACCCCUUGACACCAAGCGGCAG